GCGGGGAGCGCUGUAAGUCCCGGCAUGCCCCGGGGCAGGGCGUACAAAGGUUGGGAGGCUGUGAUGAUGGUGGUUACCAUGGCGCUGGGCUAAAUGUGCCCCGGUGUACGGGAAGGCAAAAGGCUGACGGAAACAGAGCUGCCGAAGAAACUGGGAGCCUAAGGCCCCAUGCUUCUCCUAGACCCCCAACAAUGGCCUGAAAUAUGACUGACCAAUGGGAUCAUGUGAAGGCUUUGGCACAGGAGCCACCCCUCGACUUCUCCUUCAAAAGUAUAAACUUCAUCCAAGACCUGAUAAGUGAGGAGCCCAGGCCUGGGCUCCGGCCAUUAAAGCGCUCUAAGCAGGGUAAGUCACUGACCCAGGCCCUUCGCCUUAACAACAACGUGCUCAAUGACCUCAGCGACUUCACUCAAACCAUAUCGCAGCUGUUGGAGUAUCCCCAGAACCUGGCUUGGAUUGAUCUGUCCUUCAACGACCUGCCCAACAUUGAUCCCGUGCUGACUACCUUCUUGAACCUCAGUGUCAUUUAUCUCCAUGGCAAUUGCAUGCAUCGCCUGACAGAAGUGGAUAAAUUGUCAAAUCUUCCUAAGCUUCGGAGCUUGACCCUCCAUGGAAACCCCAUAGAGGAGGAGAAGGGGUACAGGCAAUAUGUGCUAUCCAUCCUACCCCGAAUCACUACCUUCGACUUCAGUGGUGUCACCAAACAAGACCGGAUCACAGCCAAUAUCUGGAGACGGAUGAAUAUCAAGCCCAAGAGGGUCCGAAUCAAACUGGAUAAUAUACAGCACCCCAUGGCCGGGGCCAGCUCCGGAAACUCAGAUGGAGGGGCUCGGCGUCCAACAGGAGCCCUUUCUCGUCACAUGACCCGCGAGAACGGCCCGCAGGCUCCCACCGGCCGUUCCACGGCUAUAGUCACCGCCGCCGCCACAGGCAAAUUCUGCAGGCGAUUUGCUUCCGGUGUCGGAAACUCACUCCGCCCCUCCCCACUUCGUCCCACCCUACACCCACUCUCAUGUGACUGCUUCAUAGCCAUUUGCUCUGAGAGCCACUUGAAUCGUCUCGCAGUGCCCCGGGAACUACGUGCUCGAAAGCAGCCUGACUCUGAGGUCCUGUUAUUCCACAACUCUUGUUCCCACUGUGUGCCCUUUUCUUCCUGUCCUCUCCCUCCUGCAGGGUCCUGGGGCAGCAGGAACAUGUCUCCUGCUAUUGCACUGGCCUUCCUACCACUGGUAGUGACCUUGUUGGCCCGAUACCGCCACUACUUCCGACUCCUGAUCCGGGCUGUGUUACUUCGGGGGAUCCGUGAUUGCUUGACAGGGCUGCGGCCUGAGGAGCGGGCUUUUAGCUAUGUGCUGACCAAUGCCCUGCCUGGAGACCCUGGCCACAUCCUCAACACCUUGGACCACUGGAGCAGUCACUGCGAAUACCUGGCCCAUCUUGGGCCUCUCAAAGGUCAGAUCCUGACCCGCCUGAUAACUCAACAGGCCCCAGAAUGUGUGCUAGAGCUGGGUACUCGCUGUGGCUAUGCCACACUGCUCAUUGCUCAGGCCCUGCCUCCAGGCAGCAGGGUCAUCACUAUCGAGAUGGACCCUCGGGUAGCAACUGUGGCAGAAAAAGUCAUCCGCCUCUCAGGCUUUGAUGAAUGCAAGGUGGAACUGAUUGUGGGGCGCUCUGAGGAGGUGAUCCCUCACCUGCAGGCCCAAUAUGGACUAUGUCAGGCUGGACUAGUGCUACUGGGGCACCGACCUCGCUGCUACCUGAGGGACCUGCAGCUCCUGGAAGCCCAUGCUCUGCUUCCUGCUGGUGCCACUGUGUUGGCAGACCAUGUGCUCUUUCCUGGGGCACCGCGCUUCCUGCAGUACACCAAGACCUGUGGUCGUUACCGCUGUCGCCUCCACCACACUGGCCUUCAGUACUUCCCUGCCAUCCGUGAUGGUCUAGCCCAACUCACUUACUUGGGGUCAAGCUGAGGAAGGUCCAUUCUUCUGAGGAUCACAGGAUGCGGAGAUGGAAAGGACCCUAGAGAUCAUUUAGUUCAAACCCUCCUUUACAGAGAAGAAACCUGAAGCCAAAGUUAUACAGGUAAUAAAUAGCAGACUGGGAUCUGACCCCAAGUUUUCAGACACCGAACUCAACCCUCUGCCUAGCCUAGCACACUGCCUCCUGCAAUAUGGCACUGCAGAAGAAGCACUGCUUCCCAAGCAGACUGGGAGAGAGAGUGAGGGCCAGACUGAGCCUGGCAGAAUGAGGGAACAAUUGGUAAGGCUGCUUCCUGCCACUUCCUUCUCUUGGCUCCUCUUUUGCCCAGGCAAGGUCUCCUCUCUCACAGAUUUCUGGCCCCACUGAGGCCUGGGCUUAGCUUUGCCUCAUGACUCUUAUAGGGAAGGGAGGAACAAAGAGAAGAGCCAGGAGAAGAGAUCCAAGUAGAGAGGCAUUCAGUGUAUUAGAAACAUUGGAGGGGGCAGUUAGGUGGCUCAAUGAAUUGAGCACCAAGCCUAGAGAUGGGUGGUCCUGGGUUCAGUUCUGGCCUCAGAUACUUCCUAGCUGUGUGAGCCUGGGCAAGUCACUUAGCCCUGUUUGCUUAGCCCUUACCACUCUUCUGCCUUGGAACUAAUACACAGUAUUGAUUCUAAGAUAAAAGGUAAAGGUUUUAAAAAAAAAAGAAAGAAAGAACACUGGAGUCAAGAGAUCCAAGUCCAAGACUCAGCUUAAUGCUGGUUCAGUGACCUUGGACAAGUCACUCCCCUCUCUUAGCCUGUUUACCUAUUUAUAAAAAGGAAUACUUAUGCCACAGGGUUGUUGUGAGCAAAAUGUCAAGCACUAAGGAAAUGGAAGCUAUUAUUACUUCCUUUUCUCUAGUCAAGUCCCCAGUUUACCUGGCUGGGGUUCCUGCUGAGGUGCGCUCACUCAGAUUCCUGUUUCCCUUCCAGAUAGGUAGGAGUAGAGGUGAGAGAACCAUGGCAGAAAGAGCAUAGUAUCAAUUUAUACGGCUAUUUUUCCAGACUCAUGGAAUUCUCCAACCAUUCCUUAUCUUUCCUUUAAGUUCAACAAUUCAUUUUCCCCUUUUCCUCUGGUCCCCCAGAUUUAAAUUUGGUCUUUCCUUCUGGCACUUACAGCAUCCUAUGAAGAAGGAUGAGCAAAGGAAAAGGGGAUCCAGAAGUGAUCAAGUGGGAAGAAUACUGAGCCCAAGAGUCACGGGAUUCUAGAAAGUGAGAGCUGGGUUUACAGGAAAAAAAACAUAGAUCAAAGAUGGCAUGAUGUGUCCAAGGUCACACAAGCUAGUACGGAGCAGAAGCCAGUUCUUCUGAUUCAGUCUAAUCUUUUUUUUUUCUUUUUUCUGCUGCUGCCCACACUUGUCUCAACAAGCUCCCACACAGGUCAGAUGACCUUGUUUGAGUUCCACUUAUUAGCUGAAUGACCGUGGGCUUGUACUUCUCUUCACUGAGACUAUCUGCUCAUCUGGAACAUAAGAGAGAACAAUCCUUGCACUAAAUAAAUCUGACCCUGUUACUUCUUACAUGCAAAA